GUAUGGCGUGAAGCUCGCCCAGCGUCCUAUGCUCACUCAGAGUGUCACGACUGCUGUCCUCUUCGCGACUGGUGAUACCAUGGCCCAGCAGGGUGUCGAACAGGUUGUGCUCGCAUGGCACUUUACGGUGGAGNCUGUCUUCGGUCCUCUCGCUACCACCUGGUUCGGCUUCCUGCAGCGUCGCGUCCGCAUCCCCAGCUCGCCCAAUACGGAGAUCCUUGCUCGUGUCGGUCUUGAUCAGUCCGUCCUUGCUCCUCUCAACUUGUUCGCCUUCCUGUCCUCGAUGGCUAUCAUGGAAGGCUCGGACCCUCAGAAGAAGAUUGAGUCUACAUACUGGAACGCUCUCUCUAAGAACUGGAUGCUCUGGCCAUUCGUUCAGGCCGUGAACUUCAAAUUCGUCCCUCUUCAACACAGAGUUUUGGUCGUCAACGUUGUCUCAUUGGGUAUGUGCUGCUCCUUUGCAAUUGGUAAUGAUUUUAUGCUAACAAGACUCCAGNGCUGGAACUGCUAUCUGUCCUACCUCAAUUCGACCGGAUCUCCCAUCCCUAAGGAACUCCCUCCUUCA